AUGUACCAAUCUUUGCUUAAUACACCAUUUGAAAGGCAUCUCUCAAAUCCAAACACAAUCGAUAUCCUUAAGCAUUUCAUUCAUCUCAACAAUGUAUUUUGCCUUACACUAUANGAUAAAAUCUAUAAUGUCUUUGAUAAUCAGCUUCCUGCUGCGUUACGGAAGCUUCCAUUUGACCGUCAUCUAUCUCUUCAAAAUGUAAGGAAAGUGGUAUCAGAGGCAGAUGGUUACCAGCCUCACUUAAUUGCCCCAGAGCAAGGUUACCGUCGCCUGAUCGAGGGAGCUCUCAGCUACUUUAGAGGCCCUGCUGAAGCUUCAGUUGAUGCAGUUCACUUUGUCUUGAAAGAACUUGUGAGGAAAUCAAUAGCUGAAACUCAGGAACUAAGACGUUUCCCAACUCUUCAAGCCGAACUAGCUGCAGCUACAAAUGAGACUUUAGAGAAGUUCCGUGAAGAGAGUAAGAAGACAGCUAUUCGACUGGUCGACAUGGAAGCAUCGUAUCUCACUGUGGAGUUCUUCCGGAGACUUCCUCAAGAAAUGGAGAAAGCCGGAAAUCCAGCUAAUCAAGCUACCCCCAAUGAGGAUCGAUAUGGAGAAGGACAUUACAGGAGGAUUGGAUCAAAUGUGACUUCCUAUAUUGGUAUGGUGUCAGACACUCUCAAGAACACUAUUCCAAAGGCUGUGGUUUUUUGUCAAGUCAGAGAAGCAAAACUAUCAUUGCUAAACCAUUUCUACACACAAAUAGGGAAGAAAGAGCCUAAACAGCUAUCCCAGUUGUUAGAUGAAGACCCUGCCUUGAUGGAGAGGAGGCAACAAUGUGCCCAAAGGCUUGAACUGUAUAAAGCAGCAAGGGAUGAAAUUGAUUCUGUUUCCUGGGCACGAUGAUCUGGGUUGCCAUGGGACUUUUUUAGAGUCUAUAUUAUUUGAGUUUUCAGGUUUGUAUAUUCAUUGACAUUAAAAACAAAAUAAGCUUUGUAUAUUCAUUGACAUUAAAAACAAAAUCAUAGGAUAGAUGGAGCUAAUUGUUGUUUCUUAUCCCAGGAGUUUGUACAUGAAAAGAGGUCACAAACUAUAUUAUUUUAUUAAAAAUUAAAAUUACAUUUUUUUUAAUUUGAAUACUUUUUCUAGUUGAAUGGCAUAUGAUCCUACGAAUUCAGUUGCAGACUUUGACAUUAGGGGUUUACAAGCUAGUUCAUUUGAUUUGGGAUCCUGUAUUUGCACUUAUCUGUACACUUUUUUGUUGUAGGUUUUUUCUAAACCACCCCUAUCGAUUACAACUAUCCUAAUCUCCUUCUCUACUGUACGCAUGAAUAUCCUUAAAUUAUAUGUAAUUGUAGUUCCUCUUGUUCCCUUACUCCAAUACGUGAUGUGUCAGUAUGGGAUUGGGGUACCGUUAGGUUAUGAAUUCUUCACCCGUGAGAAUUUAUUUACAGAACAUUUGAAAAUAGAAGAAUUUUUUUC